AAGAAAAACGGGGGAGGUGGGAGUAUCGAGACACACACACACGCAGUCUAACAAAGGCGCACCGGAAAGACAGCCCUCAAGUGUACAUGCAUGGAUAAACACACACACACGCUCCGACGCGUGCUGAGUGCAGGAAUCACAAACAUAGCGACACAGAAGGGGUAGCGCAUGACGCCAGCAACCUAACGCCGUUGCCUCUCUUUCUAUCUCUCUCUCUCUCAGACACACACACACACACACACCGUCUCUCUCUUUUUCACACAUACUCACGCCUCUCAGACACACGGCAACACGCAAGCCAACGAACAGGACAGCGCUGGACAUAUCAUUCAUAUACGGAACAGAUCCUAAGAAAAGGAUUAACUAUCUCCAUCCCUCUCCCUCUGAGGACCUUAGCCUCUCUUACCUCCUCUUGUUCCUCUAAGCCUUUCUUUACCUCUGUUUUUUUUCUAAAAUCCCCAUCAUUUUUUUUUUUUACACAAUCCGUCCCUUCACAAUUUAUCGGUGGGUUGAAGGGAAGCUGGAGGAAUUGUCUUUAUUCAGAAAGAAGGAUUAAUCUUACAUUAUUCAUCUGACCAGGAUCUUGAAUGUAUGGAUCUUAGUUGUAGUGGUGACAGCUUUUCUUCAAUUUUUUUGUCCAGUCAGAAAUUUUUGAGCUUUAUUUCUUUUUUUUUUUAAUAAUAUUUUUGGACGAAUGGCUGAUUGCAGAAAGCCAUAAAGCUCGUGCUGUCCGAGAUAUUUGGUCAAAAGGUGAUUUGGUGUGAUUUUUCACAUUCACCACAUUGUUGGGAGCCUCACUCAUGGUGCCUUGACACCGCUUCCACAGUCCCGUCCCUCCAUCAGAGGAAGGCCGCAGUGCUCUGUGUCAUGCCCCCCCACACCCACCCCCCUGGGGGCACUGGCCUUCCCCCAGCUAGCGCCACUAUCUACCACUGCUACUUGGCCAAACCAGUCUUCCUCUGUGUCCUCUGCCUCCUAGCUGCAUUGCUGCCGCCGGCCUGCUCCUGCCCUCCUCCCUGUCUCUGCUCCUCGGACAGCCUGGUGGUGGACUGCAGAGGCCGGGGUCUCUCCUCUCUGCCUCCCUUGCACCUCCUGCCUCCAAGGAGCCGCUCACUCCUGCUAACCAACAAUAAACUCGCCUCGCUGGGAGCAACUGCCUUUGCUAACCUCACUUCUCUGGAGGAACUGGACCUCUCUAAUAAUUACUUGGAUAAUUUACCAGCCGGAUUAUUCAGAGACAUGUCCAACCUGACAAGAUUGACUCUGCACAACAACUCCUUAACAGUAAUGGACAGAGACCUCUUCCAGGGUCUGAGCGGUCUUCAGAGUCUAGACCUGUCAUUGAAUGGUCUGUCCACAGUUCCUCUCGGCCUACUGGAUGAGUUGCAGAGUCUAAGGUGGCUGUCCCUAGCGGGUAACAGGCUUCAUGGUUUGGAAAGGGCAGCAUUUGAGCCGCUGGCCAAUCUGCAACACCUGGAACUGGGACAUAACCCCUGGGAAUGUGACUGCAACCUCCGCGAUUUCAAACACUGGAUGGAGUGGCUGCUGUACAGAGGGGGGAAGGUGGAUGCGGUGGAGUGCACACUACCGAAAGAUCUGCGUGGGCGAGACAUCCGUGGCGUUCCGGUGGAAAUGUUCAACUACUGCCUCCAACUCGAAGAUGAGAACGGAGGGGGUGAGGGUUCUCGUUCGGGACAAGGAGGCGGUCCUCCCUGCAGCAGGAACGCUCUCAAUCCCAGCGGGUCGACGCCAGUUUCUGACAGCAGCGGCAGCACUGCUGAUGAUUCCCCUUCAAACACUGGAAGUGGAGGAACAGGUGGAGAGGCUCCACAGGACUGCACCCGCUCUCGCUACCGACCUGUAAGCGUGCGGCGUGCCAUUGGUACGGUUGUAAUUGCCGGCGUGGUGUGUGGCAUUGUUUGCAUAAUGAUGGUGGCUGCCGCAGCUUACGGCUGUAUCUACGCCUCCCUGAUGGCCAAAUACCAGAGAGAGCUAAAGAAGAGGCAACCGCUAAUGGGGGAUGGAGAGGCUGAUGGAGAGGACAGGGAUGAGAAACAGAUCUCCUCUGUUGCCUAAAGGAGUGAUGACAUGGGGGUUUGGCACGUCAAAGGCUUAGGGAUGAAAAGGGUGAAAAUUAAAAGGGCUCAAAGAGAUGAGAGAUGGAAGAGCUUGUUUUAAACACACAGACGGUUAUAGUAUCUCUCCCUGUGACUCUCAAACUGACACCUCUCCCACUUUUUGUCUUCCUUUCUUUUUCUAUUUUUAACCUCCUCCACUCUGUCGUUCUCUCUAACAUACUCCCUCACACACACACCUUAUCUGCUCCCAGAUUCUCUCUUCCAUUUGGACCCGUUCUCACUGCAGUAUUCAUUCCCAAACAUCCCUCCAACUCGCCUACCAGCCACCUACUGCUGUUGAAUUUACCAGUAUAUUGGCUAGGAGAAAAAAAAUUGGUUCUCAGUAUGAAACAUAUCAUUUAAGUAGUUACAGAACACUCAUGGUGUACAGUGAGCCAGUUUUUGUAAACCUGGGCUGAGAUAUCAGGGAUUCAUAAUUUGUACGGUAUUGACUGGACCAAUAUGAGAAGAAUUUCUUGUAUCAGGAAGUAGCCUGCAGUUCUCAGUUUAUCUGUAACCUUCUCCUUCUCAGCCUCUCCAAAGCCAGUAAACCCCUCAAGAAACCAAGACCUGAGCACAGAACCGUUCACUCUCUUUUGGACUGAUCCUCCUCUGAUUUCUCCUGGACCUUCAAGACCUCAAGAAAGAAACUGACAUUAAUGAGGAGAGCUGAUAGAAAAUUAAGACAAUUUGUAGAUGGAAAUCUGAUCUACUACUUUAUAAAAGGAAAAAUACUGAGGCUAGAUCUGAUAUAUGUAACAGAAAACCAUUUGGAUUUACAGAUGAGCAUUCAUUUAUCACAUUAGUGGGACUCUGGCCUGUUUGGAUCAGACUUCACUUUUGCUCUGGAUCUUCUGUGGACUAAUUCGAGCCUGGAGGUAUUCAAAACUGAAGCUGUGCAUGAGAUUCUGACUUGGAUCUUAUCAAUCAGCUCAAGGAGGAUUAAACCAUAUGACUGAAAUGUUGAAUUUGCUGUAUUCACCUGCUUCAGAAAAAGCUCCUACUUGUUUGAUGCUUAAGAUGGUUAUGAUAAAUGUCCGGACAGAUCAAAAGAAUCAGAUCAAAUCCAUGUUCUGGUGUUACUUGGACUAUGCUUCUGGAUCAGGGAAGAUUACACCACAGUUACUGAGACUCAAAGGACCACAGACUUUGCUUUAAAGCACAUGCUCUUUGUUCUGAACUCAUUUUCAAACUCCUUUCACCUAUCAGAGGUGAAAGUUUGCUACUAUGGCAUGAAAAAAAACUCUCUGAGAAUCCUGGUUUUCUGGCAAGGACUACAAAAAUUCAUCUAUAGACUACAAACUUCAGGCUCGUGCACUUUAUUUCCCUAAACAGAUUCCCUCUGGCCUCUCUCUUUCCAUCCUGUCCUCCUUCUCUUUCUUUCUAAGAUGGAUGAAUUGCCUGGAGGGAUUAUUAAAAAAAGAGGGAUUAAACUAAAAAAGCUGCUAUUUUUACCCCUCCUCCUUCUCAUCCCUUUAUCUCGCUAUCUUUUUUCUCUCUAUCCAGUGCUAUUUGAGGAGGUUUUUUUCACACUCCUUAAAGACUCCAUCCUUUUGUGCAUCCCUUCUGUUUGUUUUUCUUGAACAGUCUGCAAUAUGCAAUGGAAGUUGCAUGAAAAUGUCACUGCCAAAGAGUCCUUGUGUUUAAAAAGAAAACGUAAUUAUCAUUAAUUUGAGAGGAAUCGCUUGAUUAACACUCGUUUCUCAGUGCAGUCACAAAAACGGUUUGAUUGUUUGCUCUUUACGUAGUGUUUUCAUGAGUAUCCCUAUCUAUGGCCUGGUAAACGUUAUUAUUUUACAGUUAGCAGAGUACAAUAACUAACUUAAGUUCCCCCCAUACUAAAACUAUCGUUCCCUCUCAAUUUUUGAUUGGCUGCGAAUAAACUUAUAUUAAUAGUGUGUUAUCUUAUACCUGGGUAUGAUGCAGAUAAAUAUUAUUAUACUAGUCUUCUAUGGUGUGUUGGCCCAACAAUCCAGAAUCGUUUAAAGUAGCCGUUUACAGUUUUUCUGUAUCAAUUCAUGAUGUAUGUGUUUUAUUGUGUUAAUGGCUUCUAUGUUCUGUUUUAGAUUUAAAUAUCUGUGUAACAUUUCUUUGUUGUUUCCAUUUAUUUGUGUUGACUAGCUGGUAAGGUUUCUGAAAGAAGCAUAGAAAGAGUUUACCAGCUUAUGCCUAAUGUUAAUCUGGUUGGGAUCAUUUGGCAUAGAGCUCUAACAUGUAUUUUUUUUUUAUUUAAUAGCAGUGGCUUUAUCUCCUACAAAUAUUUUUUCAUAAUGCGACUUAAUCCCUGUUUGUACAGGAUUAGUAUUUCCAGGAGGACCAAAUUAUAUGCCUGUGUGUGUAUUUCAUGCACACAAGUAAAGUCUGUGUUUCAUUUAAAUAUACUGAUAUAAACUCUGGAUAUGAUGGCAAAUGUUGAUUGGAAAGUACUUGUACUAUAAAUAAUAACACCUACCUUUUGACAGGUAUCUACAUGUUCCUUAAAUGCUCCCAAAUUUUCAUUUAGAAUUGCCAAUGCAUCUUCUGUAAUCUUAAACUGGAAUGAGGCAAAAAAGGUGUUUAAUUUUCCUAAUUAAGUGAUUUCCAUGAUGAGGCUAAUCCCAUAUGGAAAAGAUAUAUAUAAAUCUUAUAAAGUUUGUAUCUGUCUUGUGUGAAACUUGUAUGAAAAGAGUGAAAACAGAUAUAAGAUCCCUUGAAAAAUUAUAUAAAUGAAACUUGUAUGCUUUGGAUACUUACUAAAACAAGAUAUGAAAGUAAUGAGAAAGUGGCCACUUUCAUGAGUAAAUCAUAUAAGUUUUUACUAUUUCUUUUCCAUAUGGGAUAUUAUCACAGGAAUUCGUAAGGUAGGUAAAGUAGGCAUCUAGGAAUGGACUUUUUACUUCACAAAGUAUGGCAGAGUUGUUGUUAUGAUGAACGACUGGAAGCUAGAGCUGGGUGAUAUAAGAUUUUUUCAUAUCACGACAUGUUUUUUUCAUUUCUGGCGAUAACGAUAUAUAUCACGAUAUAAGCCAAAUAACUAUAUUUGUAAGAUUUAAAUGUGCCGUUGCUCACAAGUAAAAUGUGAAAUAAUUAGCAGCUUGUUUUGAUUUAAAUAUUUAUUUCCCAUAAUAAGUUCAACAGGGUAGAUGUACUUAAGGAACAUGAAACUUCAGUUUCAGAUAAAUAAAGGCAAAUAUUGCAAACUACACAAAAUGCAGCCGCUAAAGCGUUUAAGUUUCAAAAUAGAACAAACAAAACAGACUACUAAAUUGUCAAUUCCACUUAGAAACAAAAUAUUAAUUCUAAAAAUAAAUCUUAGUUCGUUUUACAGAAGAACAGACAAAAUUGACUAACUUUUGUCAAUAUCAAAUAAACUGAGAACUAAAAGGAAAUUCUCAAUCUCUCCUUGUUGUAUAGCUUAGCUUUUCAAACAGUUUUAACAGUUACUUUAGUCUGACAAAAGCCAAAUGACGAAUUAGCAAUUUCAGUCAGAGAUUGAGCAUGCACCGGUUUAUUGUAUUUCCAGACUUGCUUUCGACACAAUUUACAGUGCGCGCUACUCUGUUUUUUGUCAGACUUGAAAUAGCCGAAAUACCUUCGCACUACGGAACUUCUAUGGCCCUUCCGUUCGACAAGCUCUCCGGCAUUGGAACCAUCAUCGUUUUUUUCUUUGGUAACCUUCGCUCACGCUCUCGGUUGAUUUUUCUCUAGUCGGCAAACUCAUUUCCUUCAUUACCCAGGCGGCCCGGCUGCAAAAACAAAUACACAUGUGCGCCUUGGCACUUGUGCUGUACGUAACAAGUCACGUGACGUGACGCUGCGGCUGUGAUUGGUUAGGCUCUGCGCUACUUAAUUUGGAUUGGCUGUUCUUUUUUCUUUUUUUUAAGUGGACAAGAGAGAUGAGGCCUAUCGCAAUAGUUAAAUUUUUCUAUCGAGAAAAAGUUAUUUCGCAAUACAUAUCGUUAUCGUUCUAUCGCCCAGCUCUACUGGAAGCCCUUGGGUAAUAUUUCAAUCAUGUGCAAACAGAGUUAUUUUAAAAUAAGAAACAGUAUUUGCAUUUAUGAAGAUACUUUCUGUCUAUAUUGCAAUUACAAAGAUGUCAAAAUCUGUAUCUACAAGCUUAUUUUUAAUGGAUUGUUUUUACAAUAUAAUAACUAUGUUCAAUAUGUAUUUAAGUUACAACGAGAACAAUUUGGAAAAGGUCAGAAAAAGUAAGUCUAGCUCUUCUGGAUGCAAGAGAGCUGACUGAUGACCAGAAAGAGCAUCUCAUCAUAGAGUUCAAAACGAGUCGGGUGUACAUUAUAACUCAAGAUGUGUCAGAAUUUAAUAACAAUUGCUGCUUCACUAACCAAAAAAGUUGCAGAAAGCGCUCAAGCAAAAGCAAUUUCCAAAUUAGCUUCACAGUGGACGUCUUCAUGGAUGCACAUGCUGACAUUAAAUACUGUGUGAUAUAACCUUAAAUUUUAGAGACUCUGAGGUAGCGCCGUAACGAAAGCAAAAGCUAAACUCUGUCUAUGAAUCCAGAAACACUGUCCUCUCGCCCCCUGGUCUGCAGGUCUUGUGUUGUUUGUAGCUAAGUAUCUUAGCUAGCUUGAUCCUGUUCCUAUAGUCUGUGUGCAUAAAGAACAAUAAAUUCUAGUUUGUUACGUAAAAACUGCAGCAGCCAUGAUGACCAAGGGCCUCUGAGACUACACUGCUCAGAAAUCUACAUGUGUCGUGUUGUUAUGAUGAUUGUGAUUAUGACAAUGAUGAUAUGAAGAUGGUGAUGAAGCAUUUCCUAGUCAAUAUGCAUUGUUUUAAAUAAAAACAUAUCACACCUA